AUGGCUGGAGGGAGCGUUCCUUCUUCGGGGGGCGGCGGCCAGCCCAAGCCUUCUGCUCCUCCCACCGGCGAUGUGAAAGCGGGGGACAUCACGGGAUUUGACCCUUCAGCCCUUGAACGGGGAGCCAAAGCUCUUAAGGAGCUCGACGCGUCCCCGAACGCGUCAAAGGCAUUCGAAAUCACCAAGCUGCAAGAAAUGACAAAGCAGAAGGAGAUAUCGCGCGACAUGGAGUCGAUCCAGCAAGCGAAAGCGCAAAUGAUGGCGGAAAGAGCUCGCGUCGAGGGGGAUGAGAGGCGCAAAACAGCGACGCACCAACAGGAGCAAGAACGUAUUACCGCGCAAUACAAGGCGCAACUUGAAUCUGAAGCUUAUUCGAAAAAGCUGCAGGAUCAACAGAAACAGAAUGAGGAGUGGCUCAGCCAACAGCAUCAACAAUUUUUGCGCCAAGAGGAAAUCCGUAAAAGAAACGAAAAAGAGUUGCUUGAAAUGAAACGUGCACAGAUUCAAGAAGAGAAGGCAAUGGAACGCGAAUUGGUGAAGAUGCGAAUUCAAGAAGAAACAAAGGGACGCAUUCAACAAGAGAGGGAUAAUGUUGAUAUCCAUUUGAGAGAACUUCGAGCUAGGGCGUCAGAAGAUAGAAAAACACGCGUAGAGGUCAUGCAAUCGAGUUUAGCCUCAAUCGGGGCUUUCAAGGCACUGCUGGAGGACAAAGCGAAAAUGACGACACUCGUGACUGGACUGUCCGUUCUGGCGGUUGGAGUUUACGGAGCACGCGCCGGAACGGGAGUUGCAGGGAGAUACGUGGAGGCAAGACUCGGGAAACCUCCUCUGGUGAGAGAAACGUCCCGCUGGUCGUUAACUCGCAAUUGGAAUUGGAGGAAUUUGUGGCCGUGGAUGAAACGCCCUGACUUUCAAGAAAAAAUUGUUUUACCUCAAGAACUAUCGGAGCGCUUGCAGUGGACCACAAAUUCCUUGUUGACAGCGCGAACGAAUGGAACUCCUUUCCGUCAUCUUCUCCUUCAUGGGCAUCCAGGAACCGGAAAGACUCUCUUCGCUAGAACGCUAGCACGCGAAUCUGGAAUGGAUUAUGCGGUUAUGACUGGA